AUGGCAUCUGCGACACAGCUGUUACUGUCCGUCGUAACCGCAACACUAAUCUUCUACGUCGGCAAAUUUAUUAGGCAUCGGCAUUUCUACAGUAAGCUGCCAGGACCUCCUCAUGAUUUUCUAUGGGGUCACCUCAAGCUUUACAGCGAGACUCUCGCUCUGUUUCCUCCCCAGAGUCACUUCCAGGUCGUUGUUACAACGAUAGCCCGCAAAUAUAACCUUCCAGGACUCUUCUACAUGGAUCUAUGGCCUCUGGGUCCCGAACAACUCAUCAUCGCAGACCCGGCAUUAGCAACACGGUAUGUUACUGGCCGGAUCCUGCCAAAACACCAUCGGCUAUCCGAGUACCUCAAUCCAAUCCUUGGGGAAGGUAACAUUAUUACGUCCAACGGCGCGCGCUGGAAGCGUCUGCAUGACAUGCUCGCACCUGCCUUCUCGAGUGCUCACGUCUCGCGUAUGGCUGGCAUGAUUGCCCAGGAUGUCAAAAUUUUCCAUGAUAUCUUACGCGAUCUAGCGAAUUCUGGAAAACCGUUUCGAUUGCAAGAUAAGAUUACCGCUUUGGCUUUCGACAUCAUCUUCAGAGCGAUCUAUGGCAGCUCUUCCAGUGCCCAAACGCAAGGGAAUGACGACCUUGACUGCCUCGACGCUGUCGCCAGCGCUGUUGUGACAGCACGAGAGACCUGGAAUCCAUUCAAGAUGAGAGAUAUGGCACAUAAUGGGGCAUCCGCUGCGAAAAGCCUGGAUUAUAGUAUCACCACGAAAAUCAGGACGCGAUUCGAUGCGCUCAAGCAAGAUAGCAUUGACGACACUCUAUGCUUUAUGUUCAUGCUGCUGUCCACCCAUCCAGACGUUGUCGGGAAGCUACGUAAUGAGCACAACCGCGUAUAUCCCUCAGAUGUGGAAACCACUCUCUCGGUGCUUGAAAUCAAUCCGCAGAAAUUGAACGAACUAGACUACACAACGAAGGUGAUCAAGGAGACACUUCGCAUCUAUCCUAUCGGCAACACAGGCCGCGCGCCAGACGUACCCGGCCCCAUCACGUACAAAGGAAAACAAUACCCUACCAAGAAGAACACGUUGAUAUGCCCCGUGCAACACACAUGGCAUAUGGACGAAGCGGUGUUCCCAAAUCCGGAUAACUUUGACCCUGACAGAUUCACUGGCAUGGAUAGAGCUUCACAGAUUGCUUGGCGCCCAUUCGAGCGCGGCAAUCGAGGCUGCUUGGGCCAGACCCUCGCAAUGGACGAGAUGAAGAUGGUCUUGGUGUUGACGAUUCGAUACUUUGAUCUCAAGUGUUAUGGGCUGAAGCCAAAUGAGAAGCCAAGAGUGCCGUGGACGAACAUGGAUUUGGUGUUUGGGGAUCGCGCUUUUCAGGAGUUUACGACGGAGGCGAAGCCGAGAGAUGGGAUGAUGAUGACGGCGGCGAGAGUUAAGACGGGUUAGAUAACGAGCCAUGUGAACUGCUGAUGUGGAGGCGGCUUGAGCACCGCACUUCCAGGGUUAUUCUGCCACCGCGCCAGGUUGUUCUUUGGGAGUUUGUCAUUGUUUCGAGCUUUGCAGUCCAAGAAAAAGCUUAGGCGAAACCUUUAUUCCUCAUCUAUAAGACUAUAUUUCCUCUUAGCAUUUUUAAGCGUACGACAGAAAGGUAUAAUACCCCCCUCUCAAGCU